UUGAGUGCAAGUCGGUGCAAGUGCGUCUCUCUCUGUGAAUCCCGCGCUAUGACGCGUCGCGGCGCGGAAUUUCUCGCUUCCGUCGCUUUUUGGACGCUACUGCUUCAGUACACGGAUGCCGACUGGUGGCACUUAGGUACGCAAACCUCGUCAACUAAUUCGAUAGAAUCAUCAAUACCCCACAAAGAGCGCUGCAAUAAAAUAGAGUACCUGAUAGACAGCCAAAAGAAACUCUGUUCACAACAUGAUAAAAUACUGCCAGUCCUAGCUUUUAGUGCAAAGUUAGCAAUGGAAGAAUGCCAAACCCAAUUUAAAUAUAGUAGAUGGAAUUGUUCGUCGUUUUCUGAGAAGAACUUAACAUUUGGGAAUGUUAUAACAAUUAGAAGUAGAGAAGCAGCCUAUCUAUCUGCAAUAUCUGCAGCCAGCGUUGCUUAUGCGGUAACGCGAGCGUGUGCCAAAGGAGAAUUGUCAGAUUGUUCUUGCGAGGCGAAUAAAAGACUGAGGAAGACACACAAGUGGAAAUGGGGCGGCUGUUCGGAGGACAUUCGGUACGGCGAGGAUUUCAGCAAGAAAUUCUUCGACGUGAUCGAAGACAACAACACGUCCGUCGGAUUGAUGAAUCUCCACAACAACGAAGCGGGAAGACGAGGUGUCAGAUCGAGGAUGCAACGCGUCUGCAAAUGUCACGGCGUGUCCGGAUCGUGCAGUAUGCAGAUCUGCUGGAGGAAACUGCCAACGUUCAAGUCGGUCGGCGAGGGACUCUUCCAGCGGUACGAGGGGGCGACGCACGUCAGAUUGGUGCAGAAACGGAAAAAGAAACUGAGGAACAUCAACCCGGACUUCAAGAAGCCAAAUCGAACUGAGCUUGUGUACUUGGACGAAUCCCCAGACUAUUGUGACAAAAAUGAAACGUUGGACAUUCUGGGUACCAAAGGAAGGGUGUGCAAUCGGACCAGUCAAGGCAUUGACGGUUGUAGAUUGCUUUGCUGUGGCAGAGGGUACCAGACGAGGGUGCGCGAGGUGGAGGAGAAGUGCAAGUGCGCCUUCGUCUGGUGUUGCAAAGUAGAAUGUGAUAUUUGCCGAUCCAAGAAAGAGGAGCACGUUUGCAAUUAAAUUGUUGCUGAGCGAACGACUGAUUAUCCUUCGAGAAUGUGCUGGAGUCACGAUUAAUUACGAGACAAUUUAACAACUCAUUGAGCUUUAUUUAUAAACAGGCAUUCAUCGAAUUUUAAUCGUACAAGUUUUAUAAUUAACCAGUUAAAUGCGCUUCUAAUAAUCGUGACUUUAGUUUAAAAAGUCGAUUAAACGAAGAAAGAAACGUCCUUCAGAUUUACUGCAUUUGUGUAUUUUCAUUUCAGAACCAUUACAACUGAAAUACUGUCAAGAAUGAAUAUAUAAAUGGACUAAUGUGUUUGUUGACGAGCCAAAGUAUAUGUAUGUAAAAGUUGCGGCUUAUUACUACUUAAAUUGUUUCCGUAAAUAAGUCAAAGAACUUCGGGGAAGUACCCUCAAAAUUUCAUAUGAUAUGAAAUUGUCAAAUUCAUUUAUUUAAUAUUAUCACAUUUUUAUCUAAUACCACACGUUUUAAGUCUUUGAUGUUAUUUAUGGGAAUACUCAAAAACUGUCAUGCAAUGUCUCAGUGCUUAUAAAUUUUAUAAACUUUUGUAAGCAAUUUCCUAUUUCGUACUCAUUCAAUCUAUGUACUAUUUAUUUUUUAAAAUCAUGCUUUAAUAUUUUCACCUCAUAUUUGUAUCAUCACGACGUUGUAUAUUUAUUUGUAUUUGCACUUAGAAUAUAAAAAUAGUAUUUAAUUGUGUAUUGAAAUUUAUAUAGAGAUGUACAUAGACUUUUAAUAUAUUAAUUAGGUACUACAUAAUAAAAUAGAACUAAAGAUCAAUGUAUAUAGUCAGUUUAAUUUUUUAUUUAGGUAAGUUUAGUUCCAAAAUUAACUUAGUGGAAAUUGCUAUGUCAAAAUUUUAAAUGUUGGGUUGAAUAUAUAGUGGUAAUGAAACUCAGUUUAGUUAUCUAUUCGAUAAAUGUGCCAUGUACUCGAAAUACUGAGCUGUAAGUAGAUUUUGGACCUCACAUUUUCUCUCCUAUUACUCUUAUGUUUAUGUGGAAAAAUUCAGUAUUAAUAAAAUCUUUGUGUAUAAAUUG